ACUUCCGGUAGUGAAAUUGUUGCAAAACAGUCCUCACGGUGCUGCAACAGGACAGUCAGCAAGUAAAACCUGGAUAACACAUCUUCAGGACAAUGAUGCUCUCAGAAGUCCUGCAGGUGCUGCGCGGGGCAGGUAAAGUGGGGUCUGCCCUGGUCACCACUCAGGGUGAACAUCUCCGAUUGAUGGCCUGCAACUGCACCAUGGGAGCAGGGGUCAAAGUGGCUCAGGAUGCAGUGGAAGGACUGGUGGGCAACUUUAUGGGCGGCAGCACUCCGUCACCAAAGGAGGAUGUGUUUCCGGACAUAGAGGGUUGGGAGAAUGUGGACCCUGACGAAGCAUCAAAAUGGGCCAUGGGGUCCGAUUUCCCCUCUGAUGUUUCGGAGCAAAGCCAAACAGAAGCUGGAGCUGCAGCAGAGAUGCCUACAGGAGUUCCUCCGUCUCCGGGGGCGGCUCCGUCAGGGACCGGCUGGCCGGGACAGGGCGCUCGCUUCCUCCAUACGACCUCCAGCAUCCACCGGUACUACUACCAGACCAGGUCUGUCCACGACACGGUAGUGGCCAGACUCAGCCCAGAGGACAUCAAGAAAGCCAGGGAGGCCAAGCAGGCUCUGGUCAAACCUGUCAGACAGAAGCUGAGUGAGCGUGCCAGAGAGAGGAAGGUUCCCGCCACAAGAAUCAGCAGGCUGGUUAAUUUUGGGGGUCUGGCAGUAGGACUCGGGAUCGGUGCCAUCGCAGAAGUGGCAAAACAGUCGCUGGGAGGCAAACAAAAAGGAGAUGAGGGUGCUUUGUUAGACUCUCCUCUCCUGUCAGAGGCCAAUGCAGAGAGAAUAGUCAACACACUGUGCAAAGUCCGCGGGGCUGCGCUCAAGAUCGGACAGAUGUUCAGCAUUCAAGACAACAACUUCAUCAACCCUCAGCUGCAGAAGAUCUUUGAGAGGGUCCGGCAGAGCGCAGACUUCAUGCCCGUCUGGCAGAUGAACAAAGUUCUGGAGGAGGAACUCGGGCAGGGCUGGCGGGAUAAGCUCUCGUCCUUCGAGGACAGACCGUUUGCUGCAGCAUCCAUCGGCCAGGUGCAUCAUGGGGUGUUAAAAGACGGGAGAGAGAUCGCCAUGAAGAUCCAGUACCCCGGAGUGGCCGAGAGCAUCCACAGUGACAUCAACAACCUGAUGUCCGUCCUGAAAAUGAGCGUGGCCCUACCAGGAGGUCUGUUUGCCGACAGCAGCUUAGAGGUUCUUCAGAGGGAGCUGGCAUGGGAGUGCGACUAUAAGAGGGAGGCCGAGUGUGCCAAGAAGUUCAGGUCCAUGCUGGAGGGAAAUGAGUACUUCCAAAUCCCCAAGGUGAUCGAUGAGCUGUCGGGCCGCAGGGUGCUGGCCAUGGAGCUGGUGCAAGGAGUCCCACUGGACCGCUGCGUAGACCUGGACCAGGAGACCAGGAACGAGAUCUGUUACAAAAUCCUCCAGCUGUGUCUCAGGGAGGUGUUUGAGUUCAGGUUCAUGCAGACAGAUCCAAACUGGGCCAACUUCUUCUACAACUCGGACACCAACAAGGUCGUUCUGUUGGACUUUGGAGCGUGCAGAGGCUACGACGCAUCAUUCACAGAUGACUACAUACAGGUGGUGCACGCAGCCUCCGUGGGAGAUCGAGCCACCGUUCUUUCAAAAUCAAAGGAGCUGAAAUUCCUGACAGGCUUCGAGGCCAAGGCCUUCGAGGACGCUCACGUGGAGGCGGUGAUGAUCCUCGGCGAGGCCUUCGCGUCCGUGGAGCCCUUCGACUUCGGCACCCAGAGCACCACCCAGCGGGUCCAGAGCCUCCUCCCCGUCAUGCUGCGCCACCGCCUCACCCCUCCGCCCGAGGAGUCGUACUCCCUCCACCGCAAGAUGGCCGGCUCCUUCCUCAUCUGCUCCAAACUGAAGGCGCGCAUAUCGUGCAAGGAAAUGUUCAUAGAUGUGUACAACAACUACAACCAGAGGAGGCAGGAGGAGCAGGAAGCACAGAUCAGUGCUUAGACGCCUCAAUAUACCUCAAACUUUAAGAAUGAGCUGCUAAGUAAAGACAGAAAAGAUUUGGGUGGAGACACUGAAUCAGACUUUAUUAAUAUGUAACUGUCAACGUGCUCUAAAGAGGAUCAUGUUUUGACAUUCUUUGCUUGUUUUUGCUUUCUUUGCUUGCAUCAGUGUGAGGUCAUAAUCAUUGACUCAUCGAGGCCUGACUUCUCACUGUCAUGAACAGUGACUCUGACAGGAAAUGUGAUCAUUUCAAAGUGAGUUGUGCCAUUAAAAGAAAAAAAGAAAUGCUGACGCCCAAUACGGUUAUAAUACUGAUUAAAUCUGUAUAUGAAUUGAAGAAAAGGUUAUUUAAAUGAUUUGGUGUGUGUGUGUUUGAUUUUUAUGGCCUUACGGUUAUAUCUCUCAAGAUAAGACAGCUCUCUGUGCAGAUUCUCAAAACACAAGAUAUACAUUCCCUUUUUCCUCCCCCUGGUUAAAAUAUAUUUGAACUCACUUUCACAGCAAAAGUCCACCAUGUUGCAAGAGGAAAAAUGUAUCUUCUGUCUCAAGGAUUGUACCUAGCUGCUCUCUCUUUUUGUGUUAGAGGGACUUAAUGUGCUGCGAAGUACGUUUUUCUCCUGAAUGUGAAGCCUGGUGGACUAGAUCUAAUAGUCUAAUAGAAACCCAGUGACUAAUGGCCUUACAUUAUAAAGAAUAUUCUGCAUAAAUCUCCAUUUUGUGAAUGCUUUUGGCCCAUUUUUAUGACAAGUUCUGUAACUUAUAAGACCGUGUGUA